AUGUAUUCCUGGAAUCAUCCCAUUGAAAAACAGAUUUUGGAUACUCUCGCAGCUAGGUAUAUCCUACCUAUGAAGGAUCGUAAUGAUUUAAUUGGGAUUUGCUGCGCAAUACGAAAAGCCCAUUGGCAUUAUCUGGACGUUUCAUGUUCGGAUGAAUAUAAAAAAUGUGGAUAUAACAGAUUCGCAUACCAGAUCUUCAGACAUGUUCCAUUUCUGCAGAAGCACAUUCCGAAGAUCGAUGGAAUUAUGUCGGCAUACAUGCGAUACCUUAACACGAUCCCCACCAAUGGAGCCAUUUUAUUGUCAGAGGACAUGAAACAUGUUCUCUUGGUACAAUCUUACAAGGGUAAAUGGGGAUUCCCCCAAGGCAAAGCGGAAAAGGAAGGAAAAGAGGAUCCAUUCGAUUGUGCUGUGCGGGAAGUUCUCGAGGAGAUCGGAUACGACAUUCGGAAGAAAGCGUCCGGUAAAUUUUGGGAUGUAAUGUUUACACAUCCCUCGAGAUUAUACUUGGUUCCUGAUGUGCCAUAUUCGACGAAUUUCCGGCCUCAAACGAGGAACGAAAUACGGAGGAUAAAAUGGUUUCCGAUCGAGAGUCUACCGAACAGUAACGCUGAGGUAGAUGUUUCCAUGAAGGGCGGGUUGGAAUUCUUCAGGGUGCAUCAGUUUGUAGCGGAAAUUCAACGCACCAUACGUUUAUAUAACCGUGGUCAAAUGAUGGAGAGAUGCCGAAGAAACAGUUUCGGCUUUUCCAGUAACGAUGGCAAGUGGAGAAGGAAUUCUUCCGAUGGAUCAGGCGUUGUUGAAUAUCGUAGAAGAUAUACGAUAUCAAGUGGGAUACCUGCAUCGAACGAAUGGCGAAGUUAA